UGCGGGAGCGGGAGCGCGCAGCGGCCGCUCUGGUCGGCGGACGUGCUGCCGAGCAGUCCCGGAAGCGAAGCAGCGAUGGCGGAGAGUCCGACUGAGGAGGCGGCCACGGCGACGGCGGGCGCCGGGGGCGGGCCCGGGGCAAGCGGCGUCGCCGGCGUUGUGGGCGUCAGCGGCAGCGGCGGCGGGUUCGGGCCGCCUUUCCUGCCGGAUGUGUGGGCGGCGGCGGCAGCGGCGGGCGGGGCCGGGGGACCGGGCAGCGGCCUGGCCCCGCUGCCGGGACUCCCGCCCUCGGCCGCUGCCCACGGGGCCGCGCUGCUCAGCCACUGGGACCCCACGCUCAGCUCGGACUGGGACGGCGAGCGGACCGCGCCGCAGUGCCUCCUCCGGAUCAAGCGGGAUAUCAUGUCCAUUUAUAAGGAGCCUCCUCCAGGAAUGUUCGUUGUACCUGAUACUGUUGACAUGACUAAGAUUCAUGCAUUGAUCACAGGCCCAUUUGACACUCCUUAUGAAGGGGGUUUCUUCCUGUUCGUGUUUCGGUGUCCGCCCGACUAUCCCAUCCACCCACCUCGGGUCAAACUGAUGACAACGGGCAAUAACACAGUGAGGUUUAACCCCAACUUCUACCGCAAUGGGAAAGUCUGCUUGAGUAUUCUAGGUACGUGGACUGGCCCUGCCUGGAGCCCAGCCCAGAGCAUCUCUUCAGUGCUCAUCUCCAUCCAGUCCCUGAUGACUGAGAACCCCUAUCACAAUGAACCUGGCUUUGAGCAGGAGAGACAUCCAGGAGACAGCAAAAAUUACAAUGAAUGUAUUCGGCAUGAGACCAUCAGAGUGGCCGUCUGUGACAUGAUGGAAGGAAAGUGCCCCUGCCCUGAACCCCUACGAGGGGUGAUGGAGAAGUCCUUCCUGGAAUAUUAUGAUUUCUAUGAGGUGGCCUGCAAAGAUCGCCUGCACCUCCAAGGCCAGACUAUGCAGGACCCUUUUGGAGAGAAGCGGGGCCACUUUGACUACCAGUCCCUCUUGAUGCGCCUGGGACUAAUUCGCCAGAAAGUGUUGGAGAGGCUCCAUAAUGAGAACACGGAAAUGGACUCUGAUAGCAGCUCGUCUGGGACAGAGACAGACCUGCACGGGAGCCUGAGGGUUUAGACCCUGCUCCCUUCUCCCCUGCCCCCACUCGAGAGUCCCAGCAAAGUCCCUUCCCCCAACCCCAGGGUUGGAGAGGCACUGUGUAUCUUCCCUCCAGACGUGGCGUGACGUCAUCCCGCAAGAUGGCAAGAACCAAGCAAGCUUGGAUCCCAGGGUGUGGGAGUGGGGAGGCUGGUCCCCAUCUGACAUCCUUGGCUCUCGAGCUUCUGAGGCGAUGUUCCUCCCAUAAUCAGGGGCCACGGUUACCUAUGCAGGAGCACGUAGGGGAACGGCCUCUGGCAAAAACAAAACAACCAACACACCUCUCUGCAGGGCCAGCUCCUUAGGGAUAAGUGGGAGGCAGCAAAUCUCGAGAGGGAGUGUGCCCAAUGAUUUGUGGGGAUAUCUGGAAGGGAGCUUGGGGUGGGGGACUGUCUGUGACAUUAAGCAGUCUGGGUGGUUAUCUGUCUGUCUGUCUGCAGUCUUGAAGCAAGGCUUCCCGAUGCCCUUUCCUCCCUGCUUCUCUUUCCCAUGGGCCAGCAUAAUUUUGUUUUUCCUAAUUUAUAGUCACUGUUCUAGACAGACCAAAGAGAAGGAACAGUGGUGGAGUCUAGGCUGCUGAUGAGUAAGCUUUACCUAGCACCUGAGCACCUUUCUCCUCUGCGCCCUACCCCCCAUUUCUAGAUUUAAAACAAGGUAAAUGUGACUGGGACUGAAACAAGGUCUUGGUAAAGCCUGCACAGGCACCGAAGAUGCUGAAAAUGCCAUUUGUUCCCGCAAUCACUGAUUUGAAUAAGUUCCCAACACUGGCAGCUGCUGUGUGUGUGGGGUUAGAGCCAUUGCAUAGAAUAGUCUUAACAGAUUUUCAUGAAUACUAGUCACAAUGAGGGUAUUUCCCCUGGGGGUGGGGUGCAGCGGGGAGACUGAUGCUAGUCCUGUUGUAUUUUGUUUGGCUGUCCUUGUGUAUUUUUCACCCCUACCUGUAGUCCCUCUCCCAUCACUUCAAUGCCCAGGGACUUGUGGUGAGCACAGGUAGCCAAUGGCAGAAGGGGGUUGGGGCUGGGACUCUGGAGACUCCCCCUAUCUCCCCAACCCUUCCCUCACAGCUGCUCUUUGUCACUGACUCUGAUGGACGUUAGCCUGGCUAUGUCGCUUCUCUAUCUGUAUUUAGCUGCAGUGAUCCUUUAGCUGGUUGGCUCAGAAAAAUGUGCUUUAGGUGUGCCCGGUGACACUGGGCAUUGAGGGAAUCCAUCCUUCCCCUCUUUGGUGUGUUCUCCCCAUACUUUCCAGAUUCUUAUUGAUGCGGCUCCCAGUGGGGUUUUGGUGGUCCACAUGACGCGCAGGGCCUCAGUCAGUAUCCAGCCACGUGUAAGGGAGAGGAUAACUUGAUGCCUGCCCUGCCCGCUGCUAUGGAGGCCUCUGCUUGUAGAUCAUGGGACUUCCCUGGGAGGGAUUGUGGGGAGGGGUUUGGGCACAAAGGAGAAUGUCCUACUUGGGAGGGCAGGAAGCAAAGAACCUGGACAGGAAGUAGGCUUGGGGAACGGAAGUUCAUCUUGAAUACCUGAAUGUCUUCACAUGGAGACUUAGAAAGGGACCCUGCUUCCAAUUUCCCUUUUCCAUUCCCAGAGCUAGUACAGGGCUUAGAAGAAUGCCCUGGGUCUGUUGGUCCAGUGUUGUCUGUCAUCCAUUUAAGUGUUCCCACUUUCAAGUGACAAUCCUCUCCUUGGCCCUGCCUUGGGCAGAGCACGUCUGGCAUAUGGCCUGACUUUUACGCCCUAAUCUUGAGUUGAAGAAAUAUAUGCACAGGAGUCAAAGAGAUGUCUUUAUAUCUGACUGUACAUAAAUGAAGUUUUUUUUUUCCUUUUUGGUGCAAUAAAGUUUGUUUUGGCAGAA